AUGGCCGAAAACACCAACGGCGACGGUCCUUCGACUUCCGCCCUACUCCAGUCUCUCUACUCGGCUCCCGAUGCUCCUAGCUGCACCGUCGCCGCCCGUGCACUGGCUAACCACAUCCAGACCACUGGCCUCCACAUUCUGGCUAUCGAUGCCAUCACUGAUGAUUUGAUCCGUGCCUCCCGCUCAAAGGUGGGCUCCGAACGUGAGAGCUCGAUGAUCGCAAUCGAAGAAAUCUGCCGAACCGUCGGCGCUGGAGGUGGUGCCGAACCAUAUCUUUUGCCGCUUCUGCCCGUCAUCUUGGAACGCUACCCUGAGACUGGAAAGGCCGAGGUCGUUGGUAAGGCUGCAGAGAAAGCUGCUAAGCAGCUCAUCAAGCUGUCCCAACCGGAGGGAGUCCCCAAAUUUAUCAAGGUACUCUUCGAUAUCUUAUCCACCUCCGGUGUCAAGUGGAAGACCAAAGCCGGUGCCCUCGAUCUCUUCGCCAGUCUCGUCAAGAUCGGUCCCGAUCAAGUGGCCGAACGAUUAGGCGAAAUCAUCCCACCACUCACCCAAGAGAUGAGAGAUACUAAGCCAGAAGUCAGUACUGCCGGCCAGAAAGCCGCCAUGGCUGUCUGUGGGGUACUCUCAAACUUGGACGUCUUGCCCUUCGUACCAGUCUUGGUCAACUGUAUGGCCCGACCUGAUACCGUACCAGAGGCCAUCAAGCAACUCUCUGCUAACGUUUGGGUGAGAGAUGUCGAUGGCCCAACUCUGGCGGUCUUGGUCCCCUUGCUCCAACGAGCACUCUCUGAGCGGAGCUCCAUCGUCCAACGACAAACCGUCAUCCUCGUCGGAAACUUAUUCAAGCUCGUCCGUUCCCCCGAGCUCGCCCACCUUCACCUGAAGAACCUCUUCCCCGGUGUCAAUCGGAUCGCCGAGACCGCCUCGUUUCCCGAAGUUCGUGAAUUCGCUCUCCAAGCCGUCAAUGCACUCAUCCUAUCCUCGGGUGCCGACGAGCCAACGGUGGCCGCACUCAAGAAUACUGCCCUAGCUAGUACCGGCCCUAGUCCGAUCCCUUCUACCCCUGGCACACCUUCUGUGAAGCUUACGGAUGAAGACGAGAUCUUGGCCCAGCGAUCCCUCAAAUCGUUGAUCGGAAAGAUGGCUCAUAUCACCGUGAACCCCUUCAUCGAAACCUCGAUCUCGUACCAAGCUGGUGCUGUCGCUAGCCUGGUUCGCAAGCGUGACUUUGAUGAAGCCCAGUGGACCCGAUACACUGUGCCGUAUUUGUCUCGCUUCAUGCCUGCGGGAGAUGCCGAAAAGAUUGCCAAGGAGAACUUGAAAAGGUGGCUGGAAAUCGAUAAGGAGCGCUACUACAAGGCUGCUGGCGAUGAUGAUGACGACCCCACUGAGAAGAUCGUCAACUUGACGUUCUCCUUGGCUUAUGGAGGUCUCUUACUCCUGAACCACACGGUCCUUCAACUUCGUCGCGGUUGGCGUUAUGGUGUUUGUGGUGCCAACGGUUGUGGUAAAAGUACUCUCUUGAAAGCCAUCAACCGACACCAAAUCGAAAACUUCCCCGAGAGCGUGUCAACAUUUUACGUCGAACACGAUAUUGAUGGAGAAGAUGCGGAUGCCACCUGUCUGCAGUUUUUGAUUGCAGACAAGUUUGUCAAGGCAAAGAAUUUGACUCCGGAUCAAAUCUCAGAGAGAAUGAGGGAGUUCGGAUUUGAUGAUGCCCGUCAAGCAUGCAAAGUUCAGUCACUCUCUGGAGGUUGGAAGAUGAGGCUAGCCUUGGCAAGAGCAAUGUUGUGUGAGGCCGAUCUGUUACUUUUGGACGAACCCACCAAUCACUUGGAUCGGGCGUCGAUUGAAUGGCUUCAAGAUUACCUCAAGGCCCAAACCAAAGUUACUAUCUUAACCGUGUCCCACGACUCUGGUUUCCUUGACUCGAUCUGUACGGACAUCAUUCAUUACCAGAACAAACAGCUGGUAUACUAUCGUGGUAAUCUUUCCAAGUUCGUUGAGAAAUACCCCGCGGCUCGAAGUUACUACACUCUAUCAGCUUCUCUGGUCAAGUUUGUUUUCCCCCCACCCGGAGCACUCAUGGGAGUUCGAUCUCAAACCCGUGCAAUCCUCAAGGCUACCAACGUCACAUUUACUUAUCCAGGUGCCCCGAAACCAAGUUUGAUGAACGCCUCCUGUGCUGUGACACUCUCCUCGCGUGUCGGAGUGGUCGGGCCUAAUGGGGCUGGAAAGUCGACUCUGAUCAAACUGCUGACGGGUGAAACGGUGCCCGACACCGGUAAAAUCGAAAAGCAUCCUAACUUGCGUGUGGCCUAUGUUGCUCAACACGCCUUCCAUAACAUUGGUGCUCACAUGGAAAAGACUGCUGUCCAAUAUAUCGCCUGGCGAUACCAAGACGGGCAUGAUCGUGAGCAAGCCAUGAAAGCUUCUCGAAUAUUGUCUGAGGAAGAGAAGAAACAAAUGGAGGUGCCGAUCGAAGGCAAGAACGGGGAGAAGCGCAAGUUGGAAAUGAUUAUUGGACGACAGAAGCUCAAGAAAUCGUUCCAAUACGAAGUCAAAUGGAAGAACCUUGACCAUCGAUACAACACCUGGCUUGGGAGAGAGAAAUUGAUAGAGGCUGGCUUCGGCAAAUUGGUCCAAGAGCACGAUGAUCUAGAAGCUUCCAGGGAAGGCUCUGGCAGCAGGGACCUAUCGUUUAAAGUCAUCCGACAACACUUGAUCGAUGUCGGCUUGGACGGUGACAUUGCCGAGUACAAUGAGUUGAAAGGACUCAGUGGUGGUCAAAAGGUCAAGGUUGUCAUUGCAGCUGCUCUGUGGAGUAAGCCGCAAGUCCUGAUCCUGGAUGAACCGACGAACUUCUUGGACCGAGAUGCACUGGGAGGAUUAGCGGUAGCGAUUCGAGACUGGGCAGGGGCAUUUGUAUGUAUCUCGCACAACGAAGAGUUUGUGGGGGCGUUAUGUCCGGAGAUCUGGAACGUGGAUGGGGGGAAAUUAGUGCACAAGGGGAAGGCGGCAGUGGUAGAAGGGGAUGCAUUCGAGGACGGGAAGCGGUUGGGGAGCGGAUUGAACAGCAAGAAGGGCACGCCCUCCGGGAGCAAAUCGGCCACCCCUCUCCCUAGCGCCAAGAACUCGGACAACGAAGGCAGCGCCCCCGUCGACCCCUCCAUGCCCGUCGUCACGAAGAAAAAACUCACCCGUAAACAGCUCAAGGAUCGUGAAGAGCGUCGACGGAUGCGCAAGUUGAGAUGGCUCUCCGACUCUACCGGCGCUCCCCGUGAACCCGAUACUGAUACUGAGGACGAGCAUUAA